UAGGUAAUUAGUGAGAUUGAAUUAAUGAAGCAAUAGAAAUUGUCAACAACGUAUUGUCACAUAUCACGUUUGAAGAUGGCUAAAUUUUAUAAGCUUGAUAUAAAUCGAACAGAGUGGGAAAUACCUCAAAUAUAUCAGCAACUUCAAGCAGUCGGUUCUGGCGCAUAUGGACAAGUAUGUAAAGCAAUUGUUCGUAACACUGGCAUGAAGGUGGCCAUAAAGAAAUUAGCACGUCCAUUUCAGUCGGCUGUUCAUGCAAAACGAACUUAUCGCGAAUUGCGCUUGCUCAAACAUAUGGAUCAUGAGAAUGUCAUAGGCUUAUUGGAUGUAUUUCAUCCCGGACAGCCUCCAAAUUCUUUGGAAAAUUUUCAACAAGUAUAUUUAGUAACACAUUUAAUGGAUGCUGAUUUAAACAAUAUAAUCCGGACCCAAAAGCUUUCUGAUGAUCAUGUCCAAUUUUUGGUGUAUCAAAUUUUGCGUGGUUUAAAAUAUAUUCAUAGUGCUGGUAUAAUACAUCGCGAUUUAAAGCCUUCAAAUAUUGCCGUAAAUGAAGAUUGUGAGUUGCGUAUACUUGAUUUUGGCUUAGCAAGACCUGCAGAAAGUGAAAUGACUGGUUAUGUGGCCACCAGAUGGUAUCGAGCUCCCGAAAUAAUGCUCAACUGGAUGCAUUAUAAUCAAACUGUAGACAUUUGGUCAGUUGGUUGUAUAAUGGCAGAGCUUCUGACAGGGCGUACCUUAUUUCCCGGCACUGAUCAUAUACAUCAACUUAAUUUAAUUAUGGAGGUUCUUGGUACUCCCACAGAAGAUUUUAUGCAAAAAAUUUCCUCAGAAAGUGCUCGAAACUAUAUACGAGCAUUGCCAAGAAUGUCUCGUCGAAACUUUCGAGACGUAUUCCGUUUCGCUAAUCCAUCGGCAAUAGAUUUACUAGAAAAAAUGCUAGAGUUGGAUGCCGAAAAACGAAUUACAGCUGAACAAGCCCUAGCUCACCCAUAUAUGGAAAAAUAUCAUGACCCCAGUGAUGAGCAAACCUCUCCGUUGUAUGAUCAAAGCUUCGAAGAUAUGGAUUUGCCCGUUGAAAAGUGGAAAGAACUUGUAUUUACAGAAGUAUUAAGCUUUAAACCACCACAAGCCUUUGCCGAAGUUCUUGAAAAGUGCAAAAGUGAUGUUUAAAUGUUUAUGGCGUUGAAGUUUUAUUAAUUUACAUAUAUGUACUUAAACAAUUUAUUGAGCUUCAAGCAACUUUAUAAAGCUUAAAACAAUUAUAAACAGUUUCCGUCAUUAACUUAAUAUAUUUAAAAACAGUAAAAUACUAUUAAUACAACAAUGUUUUUAACUUAGUGUGCAAACGUUCUAAAUUCAGUUUUUUUUAUUAAAAAUUGUGAUCUUGGUGUUGUAAGGGCUAUAAAGAUAGUUACAAAAAAAUUGCCAAUAUAAAACAAUGGUGCAAAAAAAUAGAAACGCAAUUUAAGAACAAUUAUAAUUAAUGUAUCAGAGAAUAACUUUUCUUUUCACAAGACGGUUUUUAAUCCCUUCUGCAUAACUUAGCGCAGACCUUUAAAGAACUGUUGCAAAAAAUGAGUUGAAUACCAUACAAUUUUAUUAGAAAGCUUUUGUUACUGAUUCAAGUUUUUAAGAAUACUGUAUAAUUGCCAACAUAUUUUGGACCGUUUUUGUUAAUAUAAUAAAAAUUUAAAUACACAAA